AUGGAACGGGAAAACACCAAUGACGUCGAUCUGGACCCUCCCAACCCUUGCAAGCGAGACAAUCAAUCAUCGGAAAUCUCCGUUGCAGUCAACCUCCGAAGCUCAGACCAAAAUCGAGAUGAAGAUGAUAUUCUAAGCCAUUGCCAGACCUGCAAAGCCUCCUACAAUCCAGCUUUUGACAAAUAUACUUCGACAAUGGGAUGGUGGUGGAGUGGAUCAGGCUCAGCAAAGACUUCUGCUGAGCCUACACCAGACAAGCCUGCGGCUGAAGCAGCUCCUGCCAUUCCAAUUAAUCCUCCGUCUCCUACGAAUACCGCCCCGGAAAAGCCUAGUCAGCCAUUAUCGCGCGAGGAACAGGCUGAAUCAGACUUGAACAGUCUAAUUUUGCAGCUGCGUGAGGAAGAGAGAGAGAACCAGGGGAUCCCGCCACUUCAGAAAGACGGCUCCACUCCGGCUACUUCUUCAACAUCAAAUCCAUCCUCGCUUUAUCCGACUACCAUGUCCUGCCGGCAAUCCUUCGACCAAGCAUUCUACUGUCAAUCUCCGGGUGGUCAAUUCAUGAACGUUUACCGAUAUGGCGACCUUCGCGACUGUUCUGAGCUUUGGAGCCAAUUCUGGUUCUGUAUGCGAACGAAGAGUUACUCUGAAGCGAAACGAAAGACCAUGAUUCAAGAACAUUACAUGGAGCGUGCUAUCAAGUACAAGCUCGGUUCCAGCAGCGAGGAUGUCUGGGAAUCACGGACAGAACCGAUACGGGGCGCAUUCCAAGAGGACCCUGACGCGGAGUAACGGCGAAGAUACCCAGCAUAUUUGUGAUUUCAUGAGGUUGGCAUUGGAUUUUAUGGAGUCAAAAAAGCAUUUGCAUAAUAUAUCUCAGCUCUAUCUGUUUGACAAUAUCUGUUAUACGACAUCUUACUUGUACUAUAAUUUAUUUUUCUAUUCGUUCGGGUACAGAGCGGUGUCAAUGCUGCAACACUCGGAUGCCUUGAUGUAACAAUAUAUUACCAAAGCAUUUCGGUCUGGAAAUAGUUAAACCUUUUAGAUGGAGGAUUUGAGAAGAAUAGCAAUUAUCAAUAUGC